AUGGCCAGCCCGGCACCAUGGCUGCGCUGGACACAAACACAGCUGGGGCGCGGCGGGGCAGAGCAGCAGCAGCAGCAGGAGGAGGAGGAAGACGACUUUGAAAGGCGAAUGGACGAAGAUGGGGUGAUUGGCUUGGGGGAGGAUGCCGGGAGCCCCCCGUCGGGCGACAGCGAGGGCCUGGAGGUGGGGUCCCCGGCGGAGGAGGGUCGCUGGCACCCGCGGCGGGACCCGGUGGAGGAGGAGGAGCGAGGCAGUUCGCGGGGGGAUGAAGGGCUCUGGGGGGCAGAGAGCGAUGGGGAGCCCUACCCGGAGCUCUCCUACGAGGGCCAGUGGGGCUCGGGGUCCAGCGGCAGCCCCGAGGUGCUGCGGCGUGGCCGGGCUCUGUGCCAGCCCCGCGCCGGCAGCACCGACGGUGCGGACACCUCAGGGCUGUCGGACACCAGCCCUGGCCCCUCCACCCCGUCCCGCCGCCACCGGGGCUGGGGCACGAUUGGAGAUACCAGCGGGGGACACGGCCCGGGCUGGACCCCGAGCCGGAGCCUCCUGCUGCCCCUCUCCACCGCUGCCCCCGAUGAUACCACCAGCAUCGAGCCCAGCCCCAAGCCGGCUGGGACGGAUCUACCAGCCCCUGGCACCUCCGCCUUGGCACCCGCCGGGGAGCCCUGGAGCGGUGGGACCCCCCUCGCACCCCGGCUACAUGACCGGUCCCGGGUGCCCAGGAAAACAACCCCCACGGCGCUGCCCUCCAAGCCCGCCCGACCCUUGCGGUCCCUGAGCCCCCGGCGACGACACACGGGCGGCAGAGGGGCGAGAGAGAGUGGCACGGCCGAGAGCACCCAGUACGGCCGCGGGAGGCUCAACCACCCCCUGCCCGACCUCUCCAAGGUGGAGGCCCGGGUGAAGUUCGACCAGAGCUACCGGCCCCCGCGGGGCCGCGUCCUGCCCGCCCGCCCCCGCGCCCCGGGCGGCCCCAUCGGCUUCAAGUCCCCGGCCGAGAUCGUCCGGGAGGUGCUGCUGAGCAGCGGGGAGGGAGCCCCUCCGCAGCCCCCCGCCAGCCCUGGCGUGCCGCUGGAGCUCAGGUCCCCCAGGCGAGCCACGGCGCUGGUGCAGCAGCUCCAGGAUGACUACCACAAGCUGCUGACCAAGUACGCCGAGGCCGAGAACACCAUCGACCAGCUGCGCCUGGGGGCCAGGGUGAGUCUCUAUGCUGACCCACCACAGCCCAGCCACAGUCUGGCUGUGGGCACCAUGGGCACAGGCUGCCAGGUGAUGGCCCUCAGCAUCCCACAGGCCAGGACAGCAGCUUUCAGCAUGGCCACAGCCACAGCCUCACCAGCCUCACCAAGUGGAGCUCCAGCACUGGGACCAGCAGACCAGAGGAGACCAUCUCAACCUCCUUCCCCACCUGCACCCCCUGACUCGGACCUUGGCAGGACAGACCCAGAAGCUGCAGGCACAGGCAAGCCCCAGAUGGGGGGGACAUGUGGUGGGAGGUUGUGGUAG